CCUUUGCCACUGACAUAAUGGGGGAUGUCAAGAAAAACUACAACCGUCACCCAGUUUGGUCGCCAGCUGAUUGGUGUUUACUCGGAAAACCUUGUCCCCUCUUGGCUAGUCAGUUUGAUCAUGCAGAAAACUUUGAAUUAGAAAAUAAAACACACGACUAGCUAGCCACGGCAAAUGAGCCUACUUCGGUAUAAAUACGCAAUCUACCACUUCUGUCUACUGUAAACAGUGGCCGAUGACACCCAACUUCCUAACCGAGCAAAGAGGCCCCUUCCAAUCAUUUUCUAUUUGGGCUUUGUUGAAGUCCUUCUUUGUCAUCCCCAGACAAGCUGAAUGGUACCAUCUCCUGAGGUCCUGCCCCCCAGCCUUCUCUGAAGCGAUCCCUGCCCCUGUAGCAGCCUUCACACCACACACAGAAACACACAGAAACACACGUACACACACAUACACACACGUGGGCCUCUGGACCAGGAUGACAAUGGAAGAGAUGAAGAAUGAAGCAGAGAUGACCUCGAUGGUUUCCAUGACACUCUACACUGUGAUGUACCCCGUCUUCCACGAGUUGGAGAGAGUGAACCUGUCGGCAGCACAGACCCUGAGGGCAGCGUUUAUAAAGGCUGAGAAGGAGAACCCAGGGCUGACCCAGGACAUCAUCAUGAAGAUCCUGGAGAAGAAGAAUGUGGAGGUCAACUUCAUUGAGUCACUGCUGCGCAUGGCUGCAGGCGACGUGGAAGAGUUCAUGAUUGACAGGCCUGAGCAGGAGUUCCAGGACUUGAAUGACAAGGCCCGGGCACUCAAACACAUCCUCAGCAAGAUCCCAGAUGAAAUCAACGACAGAGUACGCUUCUUACAGACCAUCAAAGAUAUCGCCAGCGCCAUCAAGGAACUCCUGGACACAGUCAACACUGUCUUCCGAAAAUACCAGUACCAGAACCGACGGGCACUGGAACACCAAAAGAAAGAGUUUGUGAAAUACUCCAAGAGCUUCAGCGACACACUUAAAACCUACUUCAAAGAUGGAAAGGCGAUAAACGUGUUUGUCAGCGCGAACAGGCUCAUCCACCAAACCAACCUAAUACUCCAAACCUUCAAGACCGUGGCAUAGAUGGGGUUAACCGCACUAACCUAGGCUUUUAUCAGAGGAAAGGAAACCCUUUAUAUGUACAAUGUUAAGAUACUGUAUCAUUUAUAAGUCUUGCUUCAAGAGGGGGAUCAUUUAGUUGCAGGCGGCCAGAUUAUUAUUAAAUUGCCAGACAUUCUUUUAUUUUUUAUUGUAUUUUUUUCCACCAGGAUCAUGCUAUCUCCACAGAGUAUCGUAUGUCAUGCCAUCUCCACAGAGUAUCGUAUUUCAUGCCAUCUCCACAGAGUAUCUUAUGUCAUGCCAUCUCCACAGAGUAU